UGUGUGAGCGGAGGGGGCUGGAGAGGGAGUGCAAGCCUGGGAUGAUGAUGAUGAAUCACACACACAGCGCUGCUGCCAGCACAUGGAGCCUUUGAUGUGGAGCUGAGCUUGGAUGGAGCCCACAGGAAAUUUGGUGCAAGGACUGACUGUGAAACAGGACCUGCUGGUGCACUAAAGGGAGGAGGAGGUGGAGGAAUCUCAGCCUUUGUAGCCAGGGGAGCAGAGAAGGAGACACAUUUCGUGGACCUGAUGCAGCUGCAGAAGUGGGGUGCACUGGCAGAAAGCAGCGGGUGCACAGAAUGGAGCACCCUACACACACAUGAGGGAAGAGGGCGCAGAGGAUCCCCCGCUGACUUGAGAGGGAGAGCAGAUUAUCGUGGAAUUUAAACCAUACAAUAAGAAUUACAGAGCCAUGAGUAGCUCUUUGUUGGUGACCCACCUCUCAGAUCAUAGCAGCAGCUUCAGAGAAGACGCCCCACGUCCCCCAGUGCCCGGUGAAGAAGGACAGACGCCAUGCCAACUUCCCAUGAAAAGCCAAAGAUCAAAGCCUGUGCCCGUCUCCUCCAACCCUAGGAGAGAUGAAGGCGGCUUGGGAGAACCUGAAGGCAGCGCCUCCCCAGAUUCCCCUCUGGCACGAUGGACCAAGUCACUGCAUUCUCUGCUGGGUGACAAGGAAGGAGCUGACCUUUUUAGGACUUUUCUGGAAAGGGAGAAAUGCGUGGAUACCCUAGACUUCUGGUUUGCCUGCAAUGGCUUCAGGCAGAUGGACCUCAAGGAUUCUAAGACUCAGAGAGUGGCCAAAGCUAUUUACAAAAGGUAUAUUGAGAGUUGCGACAUCAUCUCCAUACAGCUCAAGCCCCUGACCAAAAGCUUCCUAAGGGAUUGCAUUAAGAAGCAGCACAUCAACUCCACCAUGUUCGACCAAGCACAGUCCGAGGUCCAGGCAGUCAUGGAGGACAAUGCCUACCAGGUGUUUCUGACGUCGGACAUAUACCUGGAGUAUGUGCGAAGUGGUGGGGAGAACUCUGCUUAUUUCAGCAACGUGGAGUCAGGGAGUUUGAAAGACGUCAGUGGAUACCUACCGACCUUGAAUGAAGAAGAGGAAUGGAGCUGUGUGGACUUGAAGCAGAAGACCUUGACCUCUGUGGUGGGUCUCUCUAGCAAAGCCCUAAGGGCUACCAUCAGCCUGAGAGCCAAGGAGUCAGCGGAGAGUGGCUACAGGUCCUACAAGAGGAAAAACCUCGUCAACCCUUACCAUGUUAACUCUGGGCAUGUUUUUGCCCCAGCCACCAGUGCCAAUGAAAGUGAGAUCUCCAGUGAUGCCCUGACUGACGAUUCACUGUCCAUCACAGACAACAGCGUGGACGGCAUCCCCCCCUACAGGAUGGGAAGCAAGAAGCAGCUGCAGUGGGAAAUGGCUCGGAGUGUCAAGGCCAAUGGGCUGGUCUCUCUGCCUCUUUUUCCUAGGACAAGCCGGCUGCCCAGAGAGAUGACCCCCGUGGAACCGUCUGAGUUUGCAGCUGAGCUCAUCGUUCGUCUAGAGAAGGUGAAAGAGAAGCAGGAGGAGAAGGACAGCCUGGAAGAACAGCACAUCACAGAGGAGGAGGAGGAGGAUGAAGAUUUCCAGACCCCUAUGUUCAUUCAACCUACAGUCCCACCACAUCAGCCUCUGCCCACACUGUCCUUUGGUUCAAGCGAUGAAGACCCUCAAGCAAUUCUUGAUGACCACUUGUCCAGGGUUUUAAAGACCCCAGGAUGCCAGUCUCCAGGGAUGGACAGACACAGUCCAUGCCCCCAUUCCCCAGACCGACCCUGCCCUCUUUGGCCCACCCUGCAGCCAGUAUCACCCUGUGCUCUUCUUGCCAAGGGCUUUGUCACCAAGCAAACCACAAAGCACGUGCACCACCACUACAUCCACCACCACACGGCACCCAAGUCCAAGGCAGAGAUUGAGGCUGAAGCUGCACGGAGAGUACAGUGCAUCUGCAGUGAUUCCUCCCAGUAUUGCUGCUACCUGCCAACCAAAACGCAUUCCAAGGACCUCGACUACUCCCUGCUACCUCCAGAGCAUGCUGGCGUUCGCUGUGGCUCCAUAUCCAGGAGGUGCUGCAAAAUGGCUGACUGUCCUGAUGACGGCCCUAUAGAUGGGGCCACAUUUAUAUACCAACUGCCGGGUGAAGAAAUUACAGCAACCAGCUGGCAGCGAGUUGUAGAGUUUGAAAAAGAAAGGCAAAGCAGACACAAAGCUCACAGUCUGCAGCACAUCAAGAAAAACCCUUCUAGUGAACCUCGCUCCUCAUCCGCAGAGCGUACCAUCCGCCAUCAUACUUGGGGGGCAUGCAGCGGGCACCCACGGAACCUGCAACCUUCCCAUCUCUCUGCCCAGGAGCAAGCAGUAUCCCCUGUGCCCCCUCCCAGUACUUUGGCCCAGCUGGAGGAGGCCUGCCGAAGACUCACUGAAGCGUCCAAACCGCCAAAGCAGAGAUGUUCUGUUACUGGGCAGCAAAGAAUCCACCCUGUUCCCAGCCAGUUGGUACCUGCACCCAAUACCACUGCAGCCCCAGUGUCUGACGACCAAAAUGAGCCAAAGAUGUUGCAGGCUGUCUCACCCCACUCUCCCAAUGAGCUCAUGGUCACCUACUUCUUCUGCGAAGAGAAAAUCCCGUACCGGUGGAUGCUGAAAUCCCACAGCCUGACCCUGGGGCACUUCAAGGAGCAGCUGAGCAAGAAAGGAAACUAUAGGUAUUACUUUAAGAAGGCCAGUCAGGAGUUUGAAUGCGGAGCAGUGUUCGAGGAGAUCCGGGAAGACAACACCAUGUUGCCCACCUACGAAGGACGAGUACUUGGAAAAGUGGAGCGAAUCGACUGAGCGGCUGUACAUUUCCAUGCAAUGGAUAUUCAAGUCUGACAUGGAGAGGGAAUCGGUCUACUUGGCAUGUUAAACACUCUAUGCACUUAUUUACACCGCCAUUUGCACGGCUGGUAUCGAAUGUGUCCUCGUGGGGGGUCCUGGAAUCCACUUCUAACUCACCAUAAAGAUUCUGUGGGCUGAAAGGUGAGAGUUCCAAGGGCCAGAGUCACUGCAGACUGUGCCCAUGUUGCCCAGCUCCUAUGCAGUUUACAUGUCAGUGUGACACGUAUGAAUUCUCACGUGAUGGACUUAACUUUUGUUAUUUUCCUAUUUAUUGAACGUUUCGGCCACUGUUUGGCCUUUGCUGCUGCAUCUGUGAUAAUUGAAAUUUGUAGAAACAAAAGGCUCAAUCGCAGGACAUCAUUCCUUGCAUAUGUGCAUUAAUUGUCUAUUCUACACAACUGCUUCAGGGCCAACCCCCAUUACUGAGUGAUUACCUUUGGCCCACCCCUUUUAUGACAUCAUAAGGGACCAUACACACAAGUGGACCCAUGAGCAAACAAAAAAGGCAAAAAGUUCAAAUAAAAGUCUUAAAUGUUAAAGCAUUACUUUUUCCAUCCAGAGUAGUGGAUCAAAAAUUGUUGCAACAGGAUACUGCUCAUAGGAGCCUAUCGGGGGUCCCAAGCCAUGUUGUUUAUCAUACCUUAUACUACACUAUAAUACUAUAUUAAAUAUACUUCUAAGGCUCCUGUAACAUUACUUGCAUAUAGUUGUAGGGAUGAGAGGAAAACUUACAGCAGGAGCGCUAUAAAAUUAAGUUAUUCUGUAGGAAAGAAAAAUACCAAGAGUAAUGUAUCUUACAAAAAUGGUUCAGUGCUCCAAGCUAAUACCAUUGGGCUAUAGGCUAUAUCUAAACACUUAAUCCAGAGGGCUUCUCUUUGUUUCUGUAUAUUACCACCCCUGGUGGGAUGCUCUACCACCUCCAGCAAUUGCCACCUGCACAACCACAUCCACCAAAUCUUAUGCUGCUUCUCAAAGCCCCGCCCAUUACUCCCAAAGCACUUGCUACAAUGGUGCUUCUUGCUCUUUAAUUUAUUUGCAAUUUGCAUGUUUGAGGGCCUUUAUAACAACAUGCCUGAUAAAAGCUGUGGACUCAUAAUUGGCUAUUAGGCACAAAAAACUGCCAACUUGGUCUGAAGGGGUGGAGUCACAGCUUUUAUUGACCUGAAGAUCCAGCUGCCAUCUGUAUUUUCAACUAGAAGCCCCAGUAAUCCCUGAGAAACAGUAUGUAAUAAAUCAGUAACAAUGUUCUUCCCCAGACAUAUUUAUACAGUCUCCUUUAUGGCUUGCUUCCCUCAGCUAACUGUGAACUGCAGCUCCCAGCAUUUUUAAUUGAACAUGCAGGGACUUGUAUAUUUGCAGCUACUGGGGGGCCUGGGCCAUGGUCUCUGAUUUUGCAACUUGGAAAUAAUAUUCUGUUAUUGUUCUAUUGUAUGUAACAUACCUUGUACAGUAUUCCUGUAAAAAAAAGUGUAAUAUAUGUCUGUGAUAUUCUAAUGACACUAUGUUUAGUGUUAAAUGAAUGAAAUCCUUGUGCCUCUAUGGUGAGAAUUCACUGUAUGUCACCCUGUGUAGGGUCUAAUGCUUCCCUUGAUUUAAGGGGUUAAUGGAUCUUUUCCGGCUUAUAAUGUCUCGUACUUCUGACUCGAUCGGCCUCUUGUCCAAGUUAUACUGUAAAUGAUGCAUUAUAUACAGAGUUACCCUAUAAAGAACAGAUCACAUGGAACAGUAAUUAUUGUAAUUAAGAGAUGUAGCAUUUAUUAAAAGGUUUAUAUUUUUCAAAUUAA